AGAUUUCAAGCAAAAAAUAAUCAGCGUGGAGUUAUAGGCGGUGCAGCACAAAAAGUACCAAUUCUAGCAGAUUUAUCUAAUUUUAGAGGACCAUGCUAUGAUUAUCGUCUUUAUUUCGAAAAGAGACCAUUAGAUGCUAACCAGGAAUUUUAUUUACAAACAAAUCCUAAAUCUGCACAAUUAAUGCAAGAUAAAGAUAUUGAAGAACAAGUCAUUAUGAAUAUUACAGGGCAUCGAAAUCUCAAUGAACAACUAUUAAGAAAUUCUCAAAUUACCAACCUCGAAUCACAAAAUUUACCUAUUUAUACUUCUCCUGAUAAUAUUCAAGAAAAG